GGAGGUGCUGCGCUGCCUGAUUUAUUCCCGUCCAGGAGAAGGAGUGAGAACCGCCGGGUCUGAACAGCCCAAGCACCGGGUCUCGGGCCCGCAUCCCCACACCAUGCCGGGUCCCCGUCUGCUGGCCGCGCUCUGCGGCGCGCUCCUCUGCGCCUCAGGACUCUUCGCCUUCUCCGGUGACUUCUGUGACUCCAGCCAGUGCCUGCAUGGUGGGACCUGCUUGUUGGACCAGGACAGAAAACCCCCCUUCCACUGCCUCUGCCCUGAAGGCUUCACAGGCCUCAUAUGCAAUGAGACUGAGAGAGGUCCCUGUUUCCCAAAUCCCUGCCACAGUGAUGCCGAAUGCCAUGUGAUUGACGACUUCCACCGAGGGGAUGUCUUCACCCAGUACAUCUGCAAGUGCCCUCAUGGCUACACAGGCAUCCACUGUGAGAUCGUCUGCAUCUCGCCGCUGGGCAUGGAGACGGGCGCUAUCGCCGACUCCCAGAUCUCUGCCUCGUCCAUGCACUUUGGUUUCAUGGGUUUGCAGCGCUGGGCCCCGCAUCUGGCCCGCCUGCACCUCACGGGCAUUGUCAACGCAUGGACGUCCAGCAACUACGACAGAAACCCCUGGAUCCAGGUGAACCUGAUGCGGAAGAUGCGGGUGACGGGCGUGGUGACGCAGGGUGCUAGCCGCGCAGGCAGUGCCGAGUACCUGAAGACUUUCAAGGUGGCCUACAGCACCAAUGGGCGCAAGUUCCAGUUCAUCCAGGGUGCAGGGGAGUCAGGAGAUAAGAUAUUUAUGGGUAAUGUGGACAACAGCGGCCUGAAGGUCAACCUGUUUGAAACCCCUUUGGAGGUGCAGUAUGUGAGACUGGUGCCCGUGAUCUGCCACCGGGGCUGCACCCUUCGCUUUGAGCUCCUUGGCUGUGAGUUGAAUGGAUGCGCCGAACCCCUAGGCCUGAAGAACAACACCAUCCCCAGCAAGCAGAUCACAGCCUCCAGCUUCUACAAAACCUGGGGCCUCAGUGCCUUUAGCUGGUAUCCCUCCUUUGCACGGCUGGAUAAUCAGGGCAAGUUCAACGCCUGGACCGCCCAGACCAACAGUGCCUCUGAGUGGCUGCAGAUUGACCUGGGCUCUCAGAAGCGAGUGACCGGCAUCAUCACCCAGGGGGCCCGAGACUUUGGCCACAUCCAGUAUGUGGCAGCCUACAAGGUGGCCUAUGGUGACGAUGGUGUGAACUGGACUGAGUACAGGGACCAGGGUGCCGUGGAAAGCAAGAUCUUCCCUGGCAACAUGGACAAUAAUUCCCACAAGAAGAACAUGUUUGAGGUGCCUUUCCUGGCUCGCUUUGUGCGCAUCCUGCCUGUGGCCUGGCACAACCGCAUCACCCUUCGCGUGGAGCUGCUGGGCUGUUAGUGGUAGGCCCGGCUGCAGUGACCGCAAGGGCCGUGGGGGCACCUGCCCCUUUCCUGGUCCUCCUGGCCUCCUGGGGACCUGCUGCCUUCUCCACCCGCCCUCCUGAUUGUAGCUGGCCUGGAGGUGGGGGUUUCAGUCGUCUCUCCCUCCCUCCUUCCCUCCACCUCCUCCCUCCCUCCCUUCCUCCUCCCCCUCCCCCUCCCACAUGCCCCUGGUGCCCACCCCUCAUGCCAUCCCAUUUUCUUAGGCACGGUGGGAGUUGAGUAGGUCUGGGAUGGACAGGGAAGGGCGAAGUAGGGCGCGUGGGUCCUCCCUAGCGCCUCUCCCACACCCCACAUUCCCAAGGCCCUGGAGGAAUAGGCCCUGAGGCCCCAAGCUGGAGAGUGCUGGUUUCCUGCCCCUCAGCCCUGGGGCAUGAUGCUGCCAGUCUGCUGCUGCCACCUAGCCCGCCGACACUUCCCCCUCAUCUCCCUGGAGACCCCUCUUGACCCUCAUCCUGAAGCCUAGAGAGAGACAGACGCGGGUGGGGUGGGUCUGUGGAGAGAUGGGGGAGGAGGUGGCUGGGCCUGGGGGGCCCUCUGUGCUGGUUCUUCACCCCAGAGUACACAGGCAACUUCCAAAAUAUAUUUAUAUCACCCCCUGAA